CUGUGAUAUCAAUUACGGAGUACUUUGUCACCUUCAAAAUUCACUUCAUCAAACCGGUUCACAAACAGCAAACCGAUGGGAAAUAGAAGUCGGAUCGGAGAGGCCUUACUUCGCGAAGAUUCGUUUGGAUCCGAUUCUCCAUUAGGACCAUCACAGCUCAAUUGAGGAACUGAGGAAGUUGUCGCCACAAGUGAGAAUUCACGUGGAAAUCUCGAGAAAACAUCGCAGCGAAAUGAGACCGAACAUUGUUUCUGAGGCUGGGAUACAAACAAGGUUGAACAACUGGUGGGAAGGCAUUCCAUUCUUCACGUCUACUAUUAUUAUUACUUGUGGGGUUAUUUACUUGGUUUGCCUUCUGAUCGGGUAUGACUCCUUUGCCGAAGUAUGCUUCUCACCAUCAGAAGUGAUUUCACAUUUUGAAGUUUACAGGAUUUUUUCAUCUGUUUUUUUCCAUGGCUCUAUACUGCAUGUUCUAUUCAAUAUGUUAGCUUUUGUUCCACUGGGAUCUGAGCUAGAGCGCAUUAUGGGAUCAAUCCGCCUUGUCUACAUAGUGGUUUUAUUGGCUGCAAGCAAUGCUCUGAUCCAUCUUCUUAUGGCACUAGCAAUAGCUCACAAUCCAUUUCACUCAUACCCAGAUCUAUUGUAUGAGUGUGCUAUAGGUUUCUCUGGGAUAUUGUUUUCUAUGAUUGUGAUAGAGACAAGUCUAAGUGGAAUUCAGAGUAGAAGUGUAUUUGGACUUUUUAAUGUUCCGGCUAAAUGGUAUGCAUUGGUCUUGCUAGUGGUUUUUGAGCUUCUUAUGCCAAAUGUCUCGUUUCUUGGGCACCUAUCUGGUAUUUUGUCUGGAUUUGCAUAUACUAAUGGUUUCUUCAACAUUCUAAUACCCGAUACAUCCCGCUUUUCAUCAAUUGAAUCAUCCUCAUGGCUUUCAGCUUGUGUGAGGAGGCCAAAGUUUAUGAUGUGCACCGGGAAUGUUUCAGGUCACCUUCCAACAUAUUUAAGUCAGAAUACAGCUUCAAGAAGUGGAUUGCACUUCGGAAAUAUGUGGAGGAACUGGUCUUCACUGAUGCCACAGAGUGGAAAUUCUCAUCCCACUCAGUCCAUGCCAGAUGAUAAUCGUUUCCCUGGAACCGGGAGGACCCUUGCAUCUGGUCUAAAUCGAGCUGCUUCUACAGGAAGUCCUGAUUCAAAUUUAAUGGUUAGUCUGCUAGAUAAUAAUGACAGCCUAGAACAUGUGUCAGCUCCAAUACAUGGCGGGCAACAGAGACCUCCGCCUGGAAGGCCAGAAGCCGUGAAUACAGCUGCAGCAGUGCAAAUCCCUCAGGGCCGUGUCCCAUCAGAUGAAGACAUUCAGAAACUGGUUGCGAUGGGUUUUGAUAAGACCCAAGUUGAGGUUGCUCUAGAAGCUGCUGAUGGAGAUUUGAAUGUUGCCGUGGAAAUUCUUAUGACCCAAAAGGAAUAGUUUCUUUGACAAGGCUGACUGAAUCUAAGAUGUUGAGUGAUGUCUUAAACCUAAUGAAUGAUGAUAUUCCAGUACCCUCAUCGUUAUGUAUAUAUGAUUCUUAGAUUUGUCUUUUCUCUAGUAAGCUAAAUUGAGACAGGCAUACUAAAGGUUAAAGUAUUAAUUCGUCAUACAUCUCAGCAACGUGGUGGCUUGCCUCGAUCGACUUGUUAGGCUCCACAGAUUACAUAUAGCACACUGGAUGUUUUAUACCAUUUCAAAUCAGGUGUGCCAAUGUACAAAAACUUACCGUGUGGCAACACACUCAAAAGAACACUUCCUCUUGCCUUAACUUUUCAAAUGGUGCCAAGUUUUAUACCAUAUGAUUACUUUCUCCAAUACAAAGAUGCCUUGUUUUUAAUAUGAGAAACAGAGAAAGAGUGCUCC